AUGGGUGGUGAAUAUGUUGAGCAUGCUGAGUCUGGCAGAGACAGGAAUGAUGGUGAAGAUGGCAAGGCUGAUGAAUUUGCAGAGACAGUACAAGAUGAAAAUGAACUCGCUAUACAGUCUUUGCUCCUUCCAGGCACCUCAAUCUUCCAUCUUCAUGGUUUUCGUUUUUCCUUCCCAAAGCUCAAGAAAUCCCACAUCCUCUUAUUGUCUUUUGUACAUCUGUAA